AUGUUUGUUCAAAUUCUGUUGAGUUUGGUAGGUUUUAGAUAGUUUUGGUAGCUAUUAGUUACUGUAGGAAAGAGGAAGUUAUAAUAAAGUUUUCUAUUGACAAGGAGAGUACCCAACCUGCAACUCUCAGAAUUAGCUCAAAAUUUUAAUACAGAUUGUUUGUAGUACCAGUAGCACAUAUAAAAAAUCUUAGCUUGCGGUUUUAAGUUUUAAAAUUAAUAUUUUAAAUUUUCCGCCAAUUUGGAAAAUUUGGCAUUGUGUCGCAAGCACUUUUUUUGAUGUUCCAGAUAAGAUAGGCUUACAAAUGAAAUGUAGCCAAAUUAACUUUUUAUUUUUUUUAGAUUUUCAUCUCAUUUAUAAGUGCAUGGGAUGCUCUAGAUACAGUAUACCCUUUAAAAGAACCUUUGAAAGUGGGUCAAAAUCUGACAGUAGGUGUCCAUCCCCAUGGAGAGAAAAGUUUUGGAGUUGAUUAUCUAAUUAAUUACAAAGAUGAGAUCAUAUUCCACAUGCACUGCUACUAUGGGGAAGGCGUUAGUCCUUACACAACGGUUAUUGCCUACUGUAAAGAUGAGACCCAUCAAUAUACUUCUGAGAUUGAAGUCAAGACAAUGUACAUUGACCAGGAAAACGUUUUCCAAAUUUCGUAUGAAAGCAAAGACCAAAUUCGAUACAACAUUAAUGGAGAAGAGUUUGUAUUCGACAUCAAGAUUGAUAACGGUCAAGAUAUUAUCGCAUUUUCGGCUGUUAGGAGCCCUAAUGUCACUUUUGUGAGGCAAGACUUUUAG